AUGGAAAAUUUUGAAAAAGGAUUUGAUGAAUUAUUAAUUGAUGCAGUGAGAAGUUAUCCGCACUUAUACAACCCGUCUCUAAAAGACUUUAAAGACACACAAAUGAAACAGAACUCAUGGAGAGAAAUUUCUGGAAUAUUAAAUCUGUCAAUUGAAAUUUGUCAAAAUCGUUGGAUACGUUUGCGCGAUCGGUUUUCAAGGGAGAAACGAUUACGUGAGACAGAAACACGAAGUGGUAGUGGAGCCACUCACAGAUCAGGAUUUCUACUAUAUAAUAAUAUGUUAUUUUUGGAAAACCAUGUAAAACGGAGAAAAUCAUAUACAAAUGUGCCUAGUUCAGCUGCAAAAAAACAAUUGAUGGAUAUAUCAAAUACAUCUUCUUGUAAUAUCAACAUAAGCACAAGUAAUAUUUUAACAUCGUGUCAAACACUUUCAAACGUUGACACAAAUAACUCUUCAAAUUUAUCUAAUUUGACUUUAUCCAAGUCAAAUAUUCAGAAAAAUAAUACACAAACUGGAAAAACAAUGCAACCUGACGGACUGUUUUUAUCAUUACCUCAAUGUGAAACAAAUGAAUUUUCUUUCACAAAUGAAACAAUAACAGAAGUAUGGGAAGAUUCACUACUACAAGAAUCAGUAUCAAGAGAUUCAGUACCAAGAGAUUCAGUACCAAGAGAUUCAGUACCAAGAGAUUCAAUAUCGAGAGGUUCAACAUCAAGAGAUUCAGUACCAAGAGAUUCAAUAUCAACAGAUUCAAUAUCAAAUGAUUCAGUACCAAGAGAUUCAGUACCAAGAGAUUUAGUACCAAGAGAUUUAGUACCAAGAGAUUUAGUACCAAGAGAUUUAGUACCAAGAGAUUCAAUAUCGACAGGUUCAACAUCAAGAAAUUCUACACCGUCUCCCGCAAAUCGUUUAAUUAAUACUGGUCGCUUAAAUAAGAAAAAUAAAAGUAACUCCUACUUAGAACAAUCACUUGUAGCUCUAAGUGAUAGUCUGCAACAACGCAUAACUAAUCAACAAAUGACUUUGAACUUGCAUGAUUUAACAGCUGAUAAAAGUUUUGGACUGCUAGUUGCAACAGAAAUAGAAAGAAUACCCGAACCGGAAAAAUCUAAACGAAAGCAGACAAUUACAGAAAGGCUCUAGCAGGUUAAGAAGAGGGUCAAUCGGCCCCCAAACGGAUUAUAACCAGUAUGUCACCAAAAAGUUCGUUGACCCGAAAAAAGAAUUUGGAGAAAUUUUUAAUUCCGUACA